AGCAUCAGCCUGCUCUUCUGCCAUCUGAGCGCCCUGACAGUGCCAUUCUAUAGGCCAUGGAGAAUGAGCUGCCAGUCCCACAUACAUCCAGCAGCACCAGUGUCACAAGCAGUACCAGCGGGGCCAGUAGCAGCGCUGGCUGUAACAAUAGCAGCAGUGGUGGAAGUGGCCGCCCCACUGGGCCCCAGAUUUCUGUGUACAGUGGUAUUCCUGAUCGGCAGACUGUGCAGGUGAUCCAGCAGGCCCUGCACCGGCAGCCCAGCACCGCAGCUCAGUAUCUGCAGCAGAUGUACGCCGCGCAGCAGCAGCACCUCAUGCUGCAGACGGCAGCCCUUCAGCAGCAGCACCUCAGCAGCGCCCAGCUCCAGAGCCUGGCGGCCGUGCAGCAGGCAAGCCUGGUGGCCAACAGACAAGGGAGCACUUCAGGCAGCAGUGUGUCUGCACAGGCUCCAGCCCAGUCAUCUUCGAUCAAUCUGGCAGCCUCCCCAGCAGCAGCCCAGCUCAUCAACAGGGCUCAGAGUGUCAACUCAGCAACAGCCUCUGGGAUUGCCCAGCAGGCUGUGCUCCUGGGCAACACAUCUUCUCCAGCCCUGACUGCGAGCCAAGCACAGAUGUAUCUAAGGGCACAGAUGCUCAUCUUCACGCCCACGGCCACCGUCGCUACUGUGCAGCCUGAGCUCGGCACUGGCUCCCCCGCCCGGCCCCCCACCCCUGCCCAGGUACAGAACUUGACCCUCCGAACACAGCAGACACCAGCUGCAGCAGCCUCGGGCCCUACCCCCACUCAGCCUGUCCUGCCCAGCUUGGCCCUGAAACCCACGCCUGGUGGUAGCCAGCCUCUGCCUACCCCAUCACAGGGCAGAAAUACUGCUCAGGGUUCCCCUGCAGGUGCCAAGCCUGGCAUAACUGACAGUGUGAUGGAGCCACUCAAGAAAGGAGAUGGCAACACCAGUGUGCCAGGGAGCAUGGAGGGCCGGGCUGGGCUCAGCCGGACGGUUCCUGCUGUGGCUGCCCACCCCCUCAUUGCACCAGCUUAUGCUCAACUACAGCCACACCAGCUCCUCCCACAGCCAUCAUCAAAGCACCUGCAGCACCAAUUUGUGAUCCAACAGCAACAGCAACAACCGCAGCAGCAGCAGCAGCAGCAGACCCAGCAAGCACAGCCUGUGCUCCAAGCCCAGUCUCAGCCCCAGUUUGCCUCAGUCCCUUCGAGCUUGGCCCUACAGCCCAGCUCAGAAGCCCAUGCCAUGCCACUAGGCCCAGUGACACACACCCUGCCACUCCAGUGCCCCACUGCCAGUCUGCAUAAGCCUGGCAGCAGUCAGCAAUGUCACCCUCCCACUCCAGACUCUGGACCUCAGAAUGGACAUCCUGAGGGGGUGUCCCACACCCCUCAACGCAGGUUCCAGCACACCUCAGCUGUCAUCUUACAACUCCAGCCUGCUUCGCCAGUGCCCCAGCAGUGUGCCCCAGAUGACUGGAAAGAAGUGGUACCUGGGGAGAAGAAUGUGCCUGUGACUCAGUCUGGCCCAUCACCACAUCAGCAAGCCAUUGUCACUGCCAUGCCUGGUGGCCUACCGGUACCCAAGAGCCCUAAGAUCCAGCAGUCCCCAGCUCACGAGACAGGGCAGGGCAUUGUUCAUGCACUGACCGACCUCAGCAGCCCCGGCAUGACCUCAGGGAACGGAAACUCUGCCUCCAGCAUCGCCGGCACUGCCCCCCAGAAUGGUGAGAAUAAACCACCACAGGCCAUUGUGAAACCCCAAAUCCUGACGCAUGUUAUCGAAGGGUUUGUGAUCCAGGAGGGGGCGGAGCCUUUCCCGGUGGGACGCUCGUCCCUGCUAGUGGGGAAUCUCAAGAAGAAGUAUGCACAGGGGUUCUUGCCUGAGAAACUUCCACAGCAGGAUCAUACCACCACCACUGACUCAGAGAUGGAGGAGCCCUAUCUGCAAGAGUCCAAAGAGGAGGGUACUCCCCUCAAACUCAAAUGUGAGCUCUGUGGCCGGGUGGACUUUGCCUACAAGUUCAAGCGUUCCAAGCGCUUCUGUUCCAUGGCUUGUGCAAAGAGGUACAAUGUCGGAUGCACCAAACGAGUGGGACUUUUCCACUCGGACCGGAGCAAGCUGCAGAAGGCAGGGUCCACGACCCACAACCGCCGUCGUGCCAGCAAAGCCAGUCUGCCAGCACUUACCAAGGACACCAAGAAGCAGCCAACAGGCACUGUACCCCUUUCAGUUACUGCUGCAUUGCAGCUGACACACAGCCAGGAAGACUCCAGCCGUUGCUCAGAUAACUCAAGCUAUGAGGAACCCUUGUCACCCAUCUCAGCCAGCUCAUCCACCUCCCGCCGGCGACAAGGCCAGCGGGACUUGGAGCUCCCUGACAUGCACAUGCGGGACCUGGUGGGCAUGGGACACCACUUCCUGCCAAGUGAGCCCACCAAAUGGAACGUAGAAGAUGUUUAUGAAUUCAUCCGCUCUCUGCCAGGCUGCCAGGAGAUAGCAGAGGAAUUCCGUGCCCAGGAAAUCGAUGGGCAAGCUCUGCUGCUGCUCAAGGAGGACCACCUGAUGAGUGCCAUGAACAUCAAGCUGGGGCCCGCUCUGAAGAUCUAUGCUCGCAUCAGCAUGCUCAAGGACUCCUAGGGCUGGCUGGGGAAGCCAAGGUUCUGGCCCAGGGCUCCUCCUCCCAACUGAGCAGAGCCAGACAGACAUUCCUGAGGGGCCCAGAAAUGGGGCCAGUCGGAGAGAAGGGGCUCUUCCUAGGGGCAUGGCUGGCGAGGAGGUCUGGGCACCUCCUCAAUGGCUCUCAGGGGCCUUUCAUUUCUGUGGGAGGGGCAGAGAGGUAGGUGGCACAGAAGAUGGGGCUUUAUGCUUGUAAAUAUUGAUAGCACUGGCUUCCUCCAAAGUCCCAAUACUUUAGCCCCAAUCUCUUCCCCUCUCUCUGUCCCCCCAUUUUCCAGGGGGAUAUGGUCAGGGCUCCCCAACCUGAGUUGGGUUACUUCCAAGGGCAGCCAGCAGGCCUGGAUAGAGGCCUUGUAAGCCCUUGCCUUCCUUCCUCCCAUUUCUUUCUCCAGGCCUGGUUAACUCUUCCGUUGCCAGCUUCUCCCCCUUCAUUCUAUUUCUGCAGCAGCUGGGGGUUCUCCCCGCUACACUUUCUGCAGGUGGAGAGAGAGAAGCUGGGCCCAGUUUGGCCAUGCCUGCUGGCACAGACGCCUUAACGCUGUGUGUAUGACUGUAUGACUGUGUGGGAGCCUGGACUGACAGAUAGGCCAAGAGCCACCCUCUGGCAUUUCCAGGUGUUUUGUAGCAAACAGCCACUUAGUGCUUUGUCCUGGACUCCACUCAGCCUCAGGAUGGGGAAUAGAGAAGAAGGGCAGCUUCAGUACAGAGAGGCAAGAUCAGAAAGAGAUGAAGAUAGGAGAUUUUCCUUUCCAGACUUGUCGAGAUGUCUCUGACACCCCCUUCCCACACUGUGAAGUUCCCCUGACUGCCCCGCUAUCUCACAAACAGCACUAAGGAAGCUCCGGUGGGCUGGGCCACAUAGCCCAGAGAGUUGAGCCGGGUUGGGCUUCCUGGUCUGCCUGCCCGCCUGCUCACUGUGGGAGCCCUAGUGCUGGGGGCCCGGAGAUCUUCUAAGGGGAGAGAACAGCUGAAGUUACUGUUGUGUGAAGAAGACAGCCUUUGACUUCCCACUCCCAUACUUUUUUGCCUAUAAAACUUCCUAGCAGCAAUUUGAGCUACCUGAGGAGGAGGCAGGGCAGAAAGGGCGAGGGCCUGCCUCUGACUUGCCCUGUCCUUUGCAGACUCCUGGGGGUAUCCCUUGCAGGAAGGGGAUGGGCAGCUUUCUCAGCUUGUUCUAUUCCCUACCCACACCCCCAGGCAGGGUUGGAAAUGAAGGACUUUUUUUAACCUUUUUUUGUUUUUUAAAAAUAAAUCUGUAAAAUCUGUC